AUCAAGAUUCUUUCUUAUCUUCAUCACUCUCACAUUCUUUUGUCUUCAAACUCACACAAAGAAAAAAAAGAAAAAAGACUCAAGAAAUGACUCGACCGUCAAGAUUCCUCGAGACGGCGGAGACGCCACCACCACAACCGUCGGAGCAGAUGCUUGCGGCAGAAUCCGACAUGGUAGUGAUCUUGUCGGCUCUUCUUUGUGCUCUCAUAUGCGUUGCUGGCCUCGCCGCAGUCUUACGCUGCGCUUGGCUCCGGCGAUUUACAACCGGAGGAGAUUCGCCGUCGCCGAACAAAGGCUUGAAAAAGAAAGUUCUUCAGUCUCUCCCUAGGUCCACUUUCACCGCCGCGGAGUCUACAUCUGGCGCCGCCGCUGACGACGGCGGAGAUUCAUCGGAAUGCGCAAUUUGCCUCACUGAUUUCGCCGACGGCGAAGAAAUUAGAGUGCUUCCUCUGUGUGGCCAUUCCUUCCACGUGGAGUGUAUUGACAAAUGGCUUGUCUCUAGGUCUUCGUGUCCUUCUUGUCGCCGGAUUCUUACGCCGGUGAGAUGUGACCGGUGCGGCCACUCUUCCACGGCGGUGAAAGAUCAUCAACAUCACCAACACUCUUCACAACUCACUUCCUCUGUUCCUACGUUUCUUCCUUGACACUAAUUUUUCUUUAUUACUCGGAAUAAUUAAUUCAAUAAAGUAUGUAAAGUGAGUCUAAUUAGGAAUUAGAGAUCUUAAGUUUUUUUAUUUAUUUUUCUUUUUUGGUUUUUCUUGUAAUCCACUGUGUUUAAAUCAAUCAGAUGGAGUUCAAAGUU